AUGGUGGCUCUGUCCUCGGGGAUCCUCAACUCUCAAACAGAUGAGUAUGCAGGCAGCUGUGCACACCUGUACACGCCUGGAUCCAGAUUCGUGGCCCCCAUCGGCGCCUCCGCAGGGCUCUUCCGCGGCCCCGACCGGUGCUGUCGGGAGCACGACCAGUGCGGGGCGCAGAUCGCGGCGCUGCAGUUCAACUACGGCAUCCGCAACUAUCGCCUGCACACCGUGUCCCACUGCGAUUGCGACGCCAGGUUCCGGCGGUGCCUGCUCGCCAUCAACGAUACCGUCUCCAACAUCAUCGGCGUCACAUUCUUCAACCUGUUGGAGGUGCCGUGCUUUGUGCUGGAAGAGAGCGAGGAGUGCGUCCGGUGGCACUGGUGGGGCGGGUGUGAGCGCUAUGGUGUAGUGCCUCUGGCCAGGAUGGUGCAGCAGAAUCAGUACCAUCCCAGCCUGCCAGUGGAGGAGCCCCCGGGCAAGGGAAGGAAUUUCUCUAGAACAGGGAGGAAGCAGCUUCGACAGGAACUGAGGGCAAAGCCUGGGCGCCGCCAGGCAUGGAGACCUAAGACAGCCCAGCAGCCACAGGGCCCAGGUACUCCUGCACCGGCCAGGGAUAACGAUAAGCCAACAACCAGGCAUCCAGCAGUGCAAUGGGGGCUAGAGCCUGGCCCUGCAACAGCAUUGACAGUGUCAGGACAGGAUCUGGUUGGAGCAGAGCAAGGAGCUGGAAUCUCAGCACGCCCUUGGUAUGGCAGCAUUGGAUCCAGCCCAGCCACAGCGCAGUGUGGAGCUACGCCCAUGCCAGCUGUGAACGGGCGCAGGCAGCAGGGCCCAGGCAGGGGGUGCAGGUGCAACAAGCACCUGGGUAAGUGUGAGCACCAGAUUGCGCCCCACGAGGCAAGGUACCAGCUGCACAACGUGGACAGCCGGCCACUCCUCCACUGCAACUGCACACGCAGACUCGUACGGUGCCUCCACAGGGCAAGGGACUGCAGGGACAUCGACGUGACCGUCCUAGCUGACCACAUUGCCAUGGACUGCUUUGUUCUGGAGCUGCCUGCUGGCUGCAGCCCAGGCAGGGGGUCACAGCACAGCAGCUGUACCACAGGGGCCAGGGCUGUGCUUGUACCUGCUCGGCCGCUCAAAAAGAUUCUAAGACGCUGGGGCCGUCUGCAUCUGAGCUCCAAGGCCAAGCAUCCACAGUGGAAGACACAGGCCAGGGGAGGCACCUUCUGUGAGAAGUGCCAGCGUCUGGCUGCAGAGCAGACACCAGGUGCUUGGCCCGACACAGUGCUUCGAUGACACCCAAGCAGCGCAGCCUUGGGAAGGAAGGGGAAGAUGUGCUGUGCAGCACCUGCAGCCUGGAGCUGCUUGGGGUCUGGUCCUCAAGUCAAAGGAUGGCACUGAGCAUGGCUGUUGGCAUGACAGCAUGGAGCUGGGUACCACAGCCAGAGAGGCAGAGGGACUGAAAAGCCUCAAGGAGCUGUAGCUGCCAUCCACGAGUAUCAAAAGCAAGGGGAAAUAGGAGGGCCCAGGAAAGGGGAAAGCAUUGUCCUUCUUCCCUGGUGUGCUCUGGGGCAGGGUGGAUGGCAGGGUGCCCCACCCCUAGAUUUGUGACCCUUCAUCUGGGGGGUCUGAGCAGUGAGGUAUGAUCCUGACCCUCUUGCCCAGGCAGAAUAGGAGGGCUGGGGUCAGUACCUGUAUGCAGCAGAGGAAAUAAAGGGUGGUCAGAGCACA